AUGUAUACUCACAGACACACAAACAGCUAUGACUUAGUCGGCACAAACUACAGAAACAGCGACUGUUCAUUCAGCUCUGGACUCGCCAUGAACUAUGGUGACUACUUCCUCGGCAGAAACAGCGUUGAGAAGCCAGAAACUGGACCCAAUAGAAACUCAAACAUUGACAGUAUAUUUGCUGCCUCCCAAGGCUUCAGACCUUCACUAAACAAGCAAGGAAGCAACCAAUGUGGCGAAGACAUUGCAGAGCAACUCCUAAACACCAAAUCCUACAUGCAACCAGUACUAAUCAACAGACUAUCCACUGAUAGAAAUAGUUCUAUGAGUGGUAACUUCAACCACUGUGAUAUGCUUAUGCCUUUCUAUUUCCAAGAGCCAGUGGACCUUUUCUACAACAAUGAUGAAUCAACACACGACUCUCUAAAGACCAGUCAAACUAACAACUCCAGCUCAGAGUCUAAGUAUGUCAUCAGUGCAAACAACAUGGACCUCGAUGAAAUCCUUAACAACGACUAAAAGCUCAUAAAACUCAUGAAGGACUUAGAGUCAAUUGACCAGCCAUAAGGAUAAAAAAGACUCAGAAUCAAGAAAAAUCAGAAAUAAUCAGGUCCUCUAAUUCUCAAAAAGGUUAACAAUGAAUCAAGCAAUGAAGAAUCUAAUGAGAAAUCAGGAAACUCAGAGGAGGAAAACAAAAGAAGAAAGAACAAGCAACAAGUUCAAAUCCUCCAAAAUGAGUACAAUAAGGAAAGCAACUGGACCAGACCAUUCAUGAAGGAUCUCGCCAAGAGAACUGGAUUGAAGGCUAGUCAAGUCUACAAAUGGCACUGGGACCAAAAGAAGAAAGUCAUUGAGGAAGGCAAAGUCAAAAGACUAUACUACCCCAAUGAAAUCUUCCAAGUCCUCGACAAGCAAGGCAAAAACAUUACCAAGCCACUUCAAAGUGUCUUUGUUAUUAACAAAGAUCAACAAUACCAAUGA